AUGAGGCACGGCCAGUCGAGACGCGAAACAGGGGCAAAAAGGCCCCACCGGAAACAUGGAUUGGGGCUGCCGGGUAAAACAAGCACACUGCCGUCCUCUGGCCGAGAUCCGCGACAUAUCCCGGAGGACUGUGUGGAAGAGAACGGCGAGGAGAGCAUCCCCUACGCCGAGUACUACGAAGGAGCCGACGAGUUUCCGGUGGAAAAGCCUGUCGAAGAGCGGGCCCUUGUCUUAGCCUCCGACGAGAAGCCGCCCGCCUACGCCGACUACCGAAAUAUGGCCGUCGUACCGGGGCGCUGUGUGCGCGGUUGCUUGGACGUCUUCUCCUUCUUGAUCUGCAUCUCGCUGAUCAUCGUCCAGCUCGGGCUCCUCGACUACUAUUAUCUGACGAACCUUGAGGAUAAGGCAUGGUACGGCUGGUUCGUGGCCGACGCGGCCGUCUUGGUGGUGAUGGUGUGGCUGCUGGUGUUGGCCAUCCGCCACAACCAGGAGCAAAUGGAUGAGAUGGGCAGUAUUGACAGCAAGGUGAAGUACGCGUGGAUCGGGUGGCUGACCUACUCGUGUGUGCUGGUGGCAAAGAUUUCCGUUUGCUUUCGAGUCUUCCACGAUAAGCUGCCCGCCGCCGGUCUGGACAACAAUGAUAAACUAUUCGACGACCACCUCUUCAAGUUGGGACUCUCGCUAUCGGUGCUGAUCUUCCUGUUCCUCCUCGAGGCCCACCACUACACCCCGCUCAUGAGCCAACGCCAGCUGUACAUCACCUACUUGACAACGGCCGUUUGUCUCGACCUCACCGACACGAUCUAUUUCUUGGAUCUGCUGUGGCAGUCCCUGAAAGACCACUGGGAGCUGCACCUGUGCCUCGAGAUCUCGAUCCUCGCCCUCGCCGCCGUCAACUUCAUCCUGCCCACGUUCGCCCUGUUCAAGCUGCGCUUCAGCCGUGUCCCCCGCACCCUGAUGAUCAGCGAGAAAGUGUGGGCCCUGUUCUACGUGCUCCUGGUAAACGGCCCAUUCCUUGGAAUGCGCAUCUACCUCUACUACCUCCUUGAAGUCGAGGGCCGCGGCAAGCGCUACGACGCCAGCCUGUUCGCCGCCAAGAACGUCGCCAUGAUCUAUUUGGCCAUUCGCGAGGUGUGGACCCGUCUGCAGUACUGGCGCCAAAAACGGCGAGCCGUCGGCUCCCGCGGUGAACUCACCGCCCAGGUCGGCCACAACGAAGAAGACGCA